AUGGCACCCUCGAGCUCGUCGUCUGCAGGGGCGACCUCGGUGCAAGUCGCCCUUCGAAUCCGUCCCCCCACCAACCAGGAUUCAACAUCCAUCCCCGUUCGUUUCCAACGGUCUGUUAUUCAGGCAACGUCCUCGACCUCGGUGACUAUCGAGCCGCCAUCUUCAGCACUCGCCAGCGCAGGUGCACCGUCAGCUUCAGCAAGCGGAGCGGCCAAGAAACAGCAGUUCACCUUCGACCAGGUUCAUGGCCCGCCCACGACCCAAUAUGAGAUGUUUGAGACCACCGCCAAACCCCUUAUCACCCGAUUCACGGAGGGAUUCAACUGCACAAUCCUCGCCUACGGCCAGACAAGCAGUGGCAAGACGUUUACCAUGACCGGAGCUGAUUUGGAUGCAGACCCCUCUGACCCCCACAACAACAUGGGCAUCAUCCCUCGUGCAGUCUCGCACAUCUUCUCGCGUGCCAACCGACUCAAAGAGGAGAAAGCUGGUGCUUGGACCUAUAAUAUCAAGGCCUCGUUCAUUGAAAUCUACAAUGAAGACCUUAUCGACCUUUUCAGCAUGGACGACCUGGGGGGGAGGCGCGACGUCCAGAUUCGCGAAGACAAGCACGGUCAUAUCAUUUGGGAUGGGCUACGAGAGGUUAAUGUACGAAACGCUAAUGAAGUCAUGGGUCUCCUCCGCAAGGGCACAUCCAUUCGACGCACUAACGAGACUGAUAUGAACGCGCAAUCCUCCCGCUCGCACGCAAUUUUCUCGCUUACUUUGACCCAAAAGAAGUACACGGGCUCAACGCCCCCACGUUCCCAUUCCCCACUUCCGCCAGGUGGGCGUUCCCCGUCAAGGCUCGCGCGUCCAGGGUCCAUGUAUGCCAAUGCGGGCGCCAGCAGGGUUGCGUCUCCGACUCACGGCCGCCCCUCCACGCCCAGUUUCGCAUCGGCAAUGAACAGAGGCGGGCUUCGCCCGGCCAGUGCACUUGGCCAUGCAGGUGACAGGUCUGGUGACGAUGACGGCGAAUGGAUCACCGUUACGUCUAAGUUCCACUUCGUCGACCUUGCUGGAUCAGAGCGACUAAAGAGGACUGCAGCUCAGGGUGAACGGAUUAAGGAAGGUAUCUCCAUCAACAGCGGUCUUCUUGCCCUGGGCAAUGUUAUUUCUGCUUUGGGCGAUCCUGCGCGCGCUAAAUCCACGACUUACAUCCCCUACCGCGACUCGAAGCUCACGCGACUUCUUCAAGACUCGCUGGGUGGAAACGCUCAUACCCUCAUGAUCGCUUGCGUCAGUCCCGCUGAAUGGAACGCUGGAGAGACCAUCAAUACUCUCAAGUAUGCCAACCGAGCACGCAACAUUAAGAACAGAGCCGUGGUCAACGAGAAGGAGGAGGGCUGGGAUGAUGUCGAGUGGCUCCAGAACACGAUUUUACGUAUGCGAAAGGAACUCAAGGCACUGAAGGAAGGCGGAACCAUCCCUGUGUCCGAACGCGAUUCCGAUGCUCUGGAGGCAGCCAGCAACAGCAGGUUGACCGCUCAAAUGACCGAACUGCAGAACAAUUACGAAGACCUCCGCGUCAAGUUUGUUGAACGAACGGAAGAGCUCACCAGACUCCGCCGAGAGCUUGGGGAGAAACAGAGGUCUAGUUCUGGAGGCAACAUCGGAGGAACCGCCAAGUAUGAGGAGAUCGUUGGCCCCGUUAUUGAAGAAUACGAGAAGACGAUAUCCGCGAUGGAGGCGGAAUUAAGCCUCAAUCGGGCCGCCCUCCGCCAUACCAACGAUCUUGUAGAGGAGAAGGAGGAAGAACUCGCUGCUCUCUCUGAGCGCCAUACGGCCACGGAACUAUACGUCGAGGAGCUUCGCAACCGUGUUGCCAAGCUAUCUGAACGGGAGGCGUCAACCGAGGCCUAUAUCCGAGAUCUUGAAGAGAAGAUGAAGGCGUACGACGAAACCUCGUUGACAUCGAGCGAGUCGCUGAGCGACCUGAAGAAGGAGCUUGCCCGUUAUAAGGAUGUGGAAACUCACUCCAGCAAAUACAUUGCAGAUCUCGAAGCGAGGCUGGCGAAAUCGGAUGAAUCGAUUCUUAGCCUCCAACAGACCGUUGAAAGGCUCGAACAGGAAUGUGAUCGCCGCCGCCUGGAAGUGGAGACCCUUCAAUCCCGCCUCGACACCUUCACCAAAGAUGGUGAGAGUUGGAGGUCGGACCUGGAGGAAAGGGAACGAAGGGUGAAGCUUUUGGAAGAGAAGAUGAUCGAGUGGGAAAAGAAGAAGAACGAGGCGGGCGAAGCUAGAGCACGUUUGGGAGAGGUUGUCGAUGAGGUUGUUUCCGCAAGGAAGAGCCUCGAACUCGAUAUCGCUAACGUUAGUCCGGCACCCUCGGUUAUAACUCCUGUAUCAGAGAGCCCUCCGUCAGAAGGCCUAAGCCCCGCAUAUGCCCCCAACCUUACCCUAGAAGCACAGCUCCUUGCCCUUCAACAGACACAUACAGCGACUUUGGCAGACCUAUCGUCCAUCACUGCUAAAUACCGCGACGCCUUGAGGGAGAUUUCUGACUUGGCAGCUCAAAUCCAGGAGGCGAAGAUCAGCAACUCCAACGUCUCCGAGGCUGACUUGUCAGAGUCUCCUGUCAACGACCUCCCUCCCUCCACACCACCCCCAUCUGGUUCCCGACGAAGGAUGACUGCAAGCAGAGGUCGUGAUUCUGCAGAGCCUCAAUCCAGCUCUUCCAGUCGACGGCUUUUUUUCCGACACGCGGCCUCGACGGAGUCGCUCCACGCGAGCCUCAUCUCCCGCCCCAGCCUUUCCAUCUCGAUGCCCAGUCUAUCUCCGACUACGAAUGAGCGCUCUGUCUCCAGUCUGGAGAAAGAAAUUAUGCGAUUGCAAGAGGUUCUCAAGGAAAGAGAAACCGAAAUUACCUUGCUGGAGGAGUCCCUGAAGGCUAGCGAGCGACGAGAGAAGGAACUGGGGAUUUUGGCGAACGGUGAAGGAAGCCAACUCGAGCGUAAUGGAGCGGACUCGGAUGCCCUGAGUGGCGUUCUCUCUCCCAAGACCCUGAACCAAUUCGAUAACAUUCGCAAGACAAUGACGAAUGGAAAUGGACAUGCUGUCUAUUCGGAAGGUUCUUCUGUCCAAUCGGAAGACGAUUCGCUUGAACGCCUGAACGAGCUUAUGCUGUCAAUGGCAGCGAAAGAGUCUCAGCACCGAGAAACGGUCGACGACCUUACCUCUCAACUCACGGAAACUCGAAGGCAGCUCGAGGAGCUGACUGUCCUCUCCCGUGACCAAACCUUGAACAUGUCCACCGAAUUGGAAGUGCUACGCAAGAAACACGACGAGGACAUCCUUCAAUUAGAGGAAGUUCAGAAACGAGAGGCCGGACUGGUCAAAGCGUUGGAGGAAGUCAAGGCGAACCAUGUUGCUGAAAUGGAGGAGCUGCGAAUAGCCCACGAAACCGCUCUCAGAGCCAAGGCUGAAGAAGUGGAAGCAUUGGUGGCGCAGAUGAAAGAAGAACAUACAUCUUCCCUUGCCGCCAUUCGUGCCGACCACGAAGCUGCCAUUGCUUCGGCCUUGAGUGCCAAAGGUGCUGACGUUGAAGAACGCGUCGCCCGCAUGGUGGAAGAGCAUCAGGCCUCUGUCACCGCUCUCCGUGCAGAACUCGAGGCGUCGACUGCAGCACUUCAGAAAGCUCGCGAUGAUCAUGAAGCUGCUUUCGGUCUACUCAAAGAGGAGCACGAGAAGGCCCUGCAGCGCCAGGUCGAAGAAGCCAAAGCCAUGCUGGAGGAAACCAAAGAUCAGCAUGAGAAGGCCCUCGCGAAACUUCAGGCCGACCACGCUAUCGCCCUGCGACAAAAGGAAGAAUCGACUGCUGCUGCCCAGCAAACGACGGAAGAAGAGUAUUACAACGCUCUCACUAAACUUCGGGUUGAUCACGCAGAGGCCAUCAAGCAGAUUAAUCAAGAAACGGCUGCGACCAUCGAACGCCUCAAGGAAGAGCACGCCAGCGAACUCAAGAUGGCGGAGAUUGCUCGUCAAGGAUCAUUGGACGCUUCCGAAUCCUCUCGAGACCUCGCGAUUAAAGAGUUGCAAGACGAACACGCUGCUGCCAUCGCUCGGAAGGAAUCUGCGUUUACCGAAGAAUGCGAGACUCUCAAGGCUUCCCUUGCCCGGGAAUUAGCCACCAAGGAAGACGACCAUCGCCUCCAACUAGACCGCCUCCGCCUAGAACACGAAACCGUCCUUUCCAAGAUCAAGCUCGAGCGACGUGAUGAAGAAGAGCGCCUCAAUGCCGCGCUGGCUUCCGAGCGAGAGCAGCGGGCGGCUGACCAGCUCCGCGCAAGGAAGGAACUGGAACAGUCUUUGCAGGACGCCAAGGAGCAGCAGGCCGUUGUGCUGAGGGAAGUGGAGAAGGUGCACGAGGAAGAGCUGGCGGCUCUCAAAGCGAACCACGAGCUGGCGAUUACCGAAGCUGUUUCCAAAGUUGAAGCUCAGCUUGCAGACCUCCGACAAAGCCAUGCCACCGAGGUUGAGACCCUGAAAACUCGUCAUGACCAACAACUCAUUGACCUCAACACCCAACUCGCCACCCUAGAGGAAGAGCACCGCAACUCCCUCCAAGAAACUAGCGAACUGCGAUCGCGCCUGACAUCGACUGAAGAGCAACAUCAACGUUCCCUCGAAGAGGCUAGUAUCCUCCAAGAGCACUUGAAAUCGACAGAGGAAGAACGUAUGAAUGCCUCGAGCGAAGCGAACAGGAUCCGUGAACAAUUGGCGCUAGUUGAGGAAGACCACAAGCAGGCUAUCCAACAGGUGAAGGAUGAAAAUCUUCGACUCCUGGAGGACGAGAGAGCCCGUCAUGCAGCAGAGCUUGAGGCAUUGGAGGCUCGGAGGUCUCAAGAGCUUGAGGUAUUUAAGAAGGAGCAGGAUUCCCUCGUCCAAGAACUGGAGGCUCACAAGGCCGCUGCCGACGAGUUUACAGCCCUCCGCCAACAAGCAGCCGAAGCUCACGAGCGCGAAUUGGGAACCAAGGACGACAUGAUCUCGACAAUGCAGCAACAGCUUACGAACGUCAGCAACGAGCGCGACGACCUUGAGGCUGAGGUGUCUAAACUUCGCGCCGAGCUGGAGUCGACCCGGAACGAACAAUCCCGCCUCGUGCAAGAGGCGUCGAAGCGCGAAUCGCUCGUCGUCGAGUUGGAACGCCAUCGUUCUGUCCUUGCCGAGUUGCAGGAGAAUCUUCAGAAGGUCAAAGACGAAAAGGAUGUUCUGCAGACAGAGAAAUCGCGUUCGGACCACCAACUCCGAGAGCUGCAAGCUCAACUUGCGAGAAGUGCUUCUCCUCCCAAUAUUCGUUCACCGACAGACCGGGCUCUGGGUUAUCCUCGGGGUGCUCUGCCGUCCAUCAAGCUCCCUCCGCCCACUCCUCCUCCCACCGUCCCACCCCCUCCAGCACCCCGUGGCCAUGUCAACGGCGAUUCCAGCAUGAGCACGUCUUCACAAAGCUCUUCAGCAUUCUACUCCUCGACCCGGGAAUCUCAACCCGAGUCACCUGUCACCUCUGUUGGACACACAACACCGCUCAGCAUGAAUGGCUUCGCCCCUAUUGACCCCAAGAUCGCAGCCAAGCUCGAGGAACAGACCAAGCAGAUCGAAGAGCAGGAAGCCAUGAUCAAGACCUUGAACAAGCAGCUCACUCAUUGCGAGACUGACCUGCAAACUCACAUGGACCUCGUCGCUAAACUCGAGGGCUCUCUGGGAGAUGCCGAGAAGAAUUUGCGCAAGGCUCGAAUGCAAGCCACAGAACUCGCUCGGGAGCGUGACACGUUGAACACGAAGCUCGAGCAGAUGCGAAAUGAGUUGGCCGAAGCCCAGCGCGAGGUUGUUACCGUUCGACGGUCCGUUGUCGAAGAGAAGCAGUCACUCGAACAGCGAUUGGACGAAGAGAGGAGAGCAAAGGAGCGCGUACGACAACAACUCGACUCACGGAUGGAAGAACUGCAGCGACGAAAGUCCAAAUUCGCUUGUCUAUGA